AUGUCGUUGUUAGACACAAUUGAAAUUCAGGGAGUUCGAAGCAUUGGGAUUGGGCCUCAUAAUGCUGCAGUAGUUGAGUUCCUGUCUCCGUUAACUAUAAUAUGCGGUCCAAAUGGAAGCGGAAAAACGACUAUCAUUGAGUCUUUAAAAUACGCCACGACUGGUGAAUUACCAACGGGUAAAAUGCCUAUAUUCAUUCAUGAUCACAGGUUAGCAGGCAGAACAAGAGUGGACGCUUCAAUCAAGUUAAAGUUCAAAGACGUUCGAGGGCAGUCGUGCACCAUAACCAGAAGAAUGACCUCUCGUGCUGAAGGUAGCAAGGGUAAGGUUACAACAAGGUCUGAGGAGUCAACAAUUGCUGUGGAAGAUGACUUAGGAAAUUCUAAAAGUUUGUCAUCAAAAGUGGUAGACACGAAAAAAGAAGUCAUUAAUUUGCUUGGAGUUCCAGCUGCGAUACUUGAAUACGUUGUCUUCUGUCAUCAAGAAGAAUCUACAUGGCCUUUGGAUGAGCCAAAAAAACUGAAGGAGCGUUUCGACGAAAUUUUCCAGGUCACUAGUUAUGUAAAAUCAAUAGAUUCUCUUAAGAAGAUCCAAAAGCAGAAUCAGGCAGAGCUGCAAACUUUGGGUGCAACUUUGCCUCUCUUACGACAACAGCUAAUUAAUAAAAUGGAGUUGGACACCAAAUCAACUAAUCUUAAAUUAACAAUCGGAGACAGCGAACGUCAAAUACGGGAGAACGAAAUUAAGAUUGAAGAAUUGAGAACCAAGUUGGACAAGGCUAAGGAGGAUGUCUUGAAGGCGGAAGAAGCACAGCGAGAAUGCGUUCGUGAUUUGGAUGGUGGGUUGGUUCUUGAGUGUGAUAUUUUAGAAAACUCGCAAAAGGAGAUGAACUGGCUAAAGGAACAAGUUGACGCUUUAACAGUUCCUGAUUACCAAGGAACAGUCACCGAGUUAGAACAAGAAGUUGAGUUGCACGAAUCUGUCGCGGCUUCUGAAGAAAACAAAAGAUAUGAACGAGACCGAAAACUUUGCGAAGAAAGGUUGAAUACACUUGUUCACGAAACUAAGAUCUUGACAAAGGAAAAAGAAAGGCUGCAAGAGGAAGUAGCAAAUUUGAAAGCCCUCGAAUUGAUGCACAUGAAGACUUGCGAAGAGGAGAAUGAAUUUGUUAACGAACUCUCCUGUAAUUUUCAAUUGCCAAGGGAAGGGAUUGAAGAAGAACUCACAAAGAUGCUUAUGUCGGAUAGGUUGGAACUCAGUACUUUGCAAGAGUCAUUUAAAGAAAAACAACGCUCUUCCCAGAAUGAGGUUGACAGGCUGAAGGCGAGACUAGCUGUAAUUGAUAAUGAUGUAGGAAAAAAGUUAAAAAAUAUAUCGGUUCUGAAAGCUGAGAGUGAUAAACUAGAAGCAGAAAUGAAAGAAACUAAGGAGUCCCUUGAGCAAUCUGAAGAAUUGGGAAAAAAAAUUGCAGACACAGAAAAAGAACUUGAAAAAUAUCCUUCCCACAAUAGUUUACAGGAAGAAAUAGACCAGCUGAGGAAGAAAAGAGACGACAUUAGUUUAAAAAUCUCAGAAGUUCAAGAAGGAUGUCGGAAAAGCGAGGUGACGGCCAAUACGCGGGAGCUGCUAAAUAAGAAGAAGGAAGAAAAUUUGAGUUUGGCCGAUCAGCUAGAUACUCUCAUUCAGAAACACGAAACUGGAAUUGCUGACUUUUUUAGUGGAGGAAAACCUGAUUUUCCGAUUAAAUACAGUGUGUCCGUCGCUGUGAAAAAAGUUGGGAAGGAUGUAGCGGCUGUUGAGCAAGAGCACCUGAAAUUGGAGCAAGAAAAGAAUGAGCUAAUUAGCAAUAUACAGCAUUUUAGCAAUCGGAUUGAGCAGUUGUCGGAUGAUAUUUAUUCUUAUAAAAGUCGAAUUGAGAAGGUUGUUCCUUUCGGUGAUAGCGUAGAAACAAGGUUAGGGGAAGUUAACACUCUAUUGACUAAAACAAGAAGAGACUUGGGUCUUAUUGAUGGAAGUCGGUAUCUCUAUGAAAAGUGGGAGACAGAAGCAAAAGAAAGGAAGUGCUGUCCCUUGUGUGAGCGGAAAUAUGCAACUGUUGAGGAAGCGAAUGAACUUGCUCUCAAUGUUUCUCGGAGGCGACAGGAGCUUCCUGUUGAAAUAAAGAAGUUACAGAGGAGGAUUUCAGAACAUGAGGAGCUACAGAAAGAGUUAAUUGAGGUGGCUCCUUAUGCGAAACUCCUAAAAGAUACCGAAGAGCAAAAAUUAAGGCUGAAAGACGAGUUAGAAAGUGCGCAGGGAAAGGCUACCGAUGCUGAAGAAAAAGUUAAACUGUCGCUAGAAAAAAAAAUUAAUUUAAAGGAGAAGCAAAGCCUCAUUUUAAGUCUCCAGGCUGACGCUUCAUUAAUGGACAGCCUUUGGGAACAGCAGAAGAACCUUCGAAAGGAAAUAAGUAAGUUGGCUACCGAGCUGGAAGGAGAAGAGCAGUUUAAGUCUUUGCCGGAGUUGCAAGAAGAAUUAAAUGAUUUAAACAAUGAUCACAAGAGAAUCGUGGCAGAUAUUGACGGUCUGCAAGCUAAGACAGCUGGAAGAAACAGAGUUGCAGAUCAACUUACUAGGCUUCGUGAGCUUUCUCUAAGCAUUGCUAAGAAAGCAAUGUCUAUUGAAGCUGGAAAGAGAGAGUUAGCUGAAAAACGAACGGACUUACGAAAUGAAGAAGAAGAAGUUAAUAAGUUGAGAGAGGAGAAACCAAAUAUUGUUGAAGAACUAAAGGUUAAAGUUGCUAAUUCCGAAAAGCUUAUGGAAGAAAAUAAAGCUGAGGAGAAGCGUCUCGCAGUGCAUAUUAGCGAGGUGGAGAAUUCUUUCACUACGAUGCGUAAUAAAUUGAAAGAAAGUCAAAUAUCGGCCGAGGUCUUGAUGCAGAAGCAGUGUUCUUUUAGUGAAUUGGUGCAAAAAAUUCAAAAGAAGGAAGAGGAGAGUCGCAUCCUUAGUGCAAAAUUGGAUACUGUUAACACUCAGCAAGAACGUGGCAGAAGACUCAAGGAGCAAUUGCGGAAGAUUAGGUUUCGUGAAAAAAUAUCACUGCUGUCAGACCAUAUAGAAAAAGUAUCUUGGAAAGGGAGACCAAUAAUGGAUUUACGUAGAGUAGUCAGUCAGAUAGAGAAGCAGUAUGGCGAUUUAAUGUGCUCAGUGGAAAAAAGAAAAGGCGAAAUUAAGCAAAAGAAAGUGCAGCUUGACGAAAUAACCGAAAAGUUGGAUUCAAAAGACGUUUGUAAGUCAGAGGAAGUCUAUAAAAGAAAUGUGAUAACAAAGUGUGUUACCGAAAAAGUGAUCGAGGACCUAUCGCUUUAUACGCGAGUACUAGACGAGUCAGUUGUAAGAUUCCACAUGGAGAAAAUGGAAGAGAUUAAUGAGGUACUUGAGCAGUUAUGGAACCAGGUCUAUCGCGGUGACGAUAUUGAGAAGAUCCAGAUAAAAUCUGAAAAUGCGAGCGAAAAUGAAAAAAGGAAAUCAUAUAACUACCGAGUAGUAAUGACAAUAGAUGGGUCAGAAAUUGAUAUGCCUGGAAGGUGUAGCGCAGGACAGAAGAUGCUUGCCUCAAUAUUGAUUAGGAUCGCUCUCUCGGACGUCUUCUGUGAUAAGUGUUCAAUAAUUGCAUUAGAUGAGCCUACAACAAAUUUAGAUGUCCUGAAGGUUGAAAAUUUGGGCGAAACUUUAGCUCAGAUUAUCGAGGCUAGAUGUAAUAUGAGCAAAAAAAAUUUUCAAUUGAUUGUGAUAACUCAUGACGACCGUUUCGUAGAGCAUUUACGGCAACGCUGUCGUCCUGAGUGGGUUUAUGCCUUGUCGAAGGAUACUACAGGUCUUUCAAAAGUGAAACGACAUCGUAAUUUGCAAGACGCGGGUAUGCAAUGA